CUAACCUGAAUAGUCGUCAACUUUAACGCUUAAUAUCUCGGUUUGUGAAGCAGAGCGACGCUUAUUUCUGUCAGAUUCUUUCGUUUCGUGCAAAAACGCGUCGAAUAAACCUAAUUUCAUCGAUUUUUGAGCUGAGUUUUAAUCUUGUCUAACGGUUAAAUCGGUUCGCUGUCUUUGAUCUAAUGGGUAAGCCGAGAGAUGUAAGUACGGAAGAGGAGAUAAAUUUAGAUACGAAUGAUGUCUCACCGCAGAAAAGACACAAGAAACAUAAACAUAAAAAGCACAAGAAAAAAAAACUCAUGCACGAUGACUGUGAUGCCUUUGUAGAAAUCUCAACCGACGCUGAUCAGAAGAAAAGCUUUCGAAUAAAAAUGAAAAAAGAAGAUGAACGGAAUUUGGAUAAACGUGAAAAAAUAUUAAAAACAUGUGGUUUAAACGCAGCUGCAAUAAGUACUGCACCUUCUCCAAAAGCAACCGCAAAAAAAAAAAUUCUAAAAGGUAACAAAGGUAAAGACAGUGGAACUAGCAGCGAAGAAGAAAGGUGGUUAGAUGCUAUUGAAUCUGGUAAACUGGAAGAGGUUGAUGACGAAUUGAAAAAAAUUAAGCCAAAAGAUCCCAAGUUAAUGACAGCACGACAGAGAGCAAUGUUUGAAAGAAAGACUGAUACAGAACCAAAUCCAGGUGUCGAACAACUCAUGUCGUUACCUACUGGUUACAAAGAAAAAGUCAUGACUGCCGAAGCUAUUCAGAAGGCUGCUCUAAAGUCUCUAAAACGGAAACAACUUGCUGAUGAAAAGAGAGAAAAGGAUAAGAAAAAGACAAUGGAAAGAUUGCUUAAGAAGCAAGAAUCUAAAGCAUCCAAAGUUAUCAGUAAGGGAAGAUUAUCUAAACGACAAGUACCAUUAGUGACGUAUCGCUUAACGUUUGAAGGAAGUUCUAUAUCUUUACCUCCUGGUGAAAAUUUUCCACUUUCUUCCACCAAAGAGAGAAGUCCGCCAAAACAAAUCCUUUGCGGGGUAAAACAAUGUAAAAAUCCCAAAAGAUAUUCGUGUUCGAAAACGGGAAUACCAUUGUGUAGUUUACAAUGUUAUAAAGCCAAUCUUCUUUUAACUAGGUAAACACAAACAUUUCCAGAAAUUCUAAAAUUUAGUCUAGUUGUGUACACACACACACACACACACACACACACACACACACACACACACACACACACUUGU